AUGGCCCUUAUAAAACGGAUGAUCUUUAUAUCUCGGAAGGCCAAGUUUUUCUUCAUUUUGGGGCUAGCGGCGAUAAACUUGGUUUUGUUAACAUAUUUCCAUCUUGAUGGCCUGCUACUGUCGUCACUUGCCCAGCUCAUACCGACAAAUGAGUGGGAUAGUCUAGUUGCACCAUUAUUGAAGGAAGUUUCCGCAAACAAAACUAGGUUUUGGACUACAAACACACCUUUGCGGCAUUUGGAUGUGGAAAUUCCGCUUUCUAGAAUCGUUCCCUCGGAGAACAUCAACGAAACUGAGCUAUUUUGGGAUCCUCGAUUCACUAUUGCAGCAUACACCAACGAGUUAUCGAAAUUCGGCAACUCAAACGACGUUCCAACACUACCGUUUCAUUGGGCUGAUUGGGCGGACGUGACUGCCUUGAAUGAUAAAUUGAAGUAUAGAGGUAAUCCACGGCAAAUUACUUGCAAAAGAUUGAGAUUGAGGAUACGAGGCCAUCCUAACCCAGAUUACUUUUGCAAAGAUGUUGACGCUCUCACCGACGAAGAAGUAUAUGAAAGUGGUUUCCUUUCGCGAGAGCAGAUGCCACAAGCUGUGAUCUAUGACCAUUGCAAGCAUGAACAUCAGGCAUACAACGACGUUAGGGUUUUUAUGGCAAAGUCAUAUGUCUUAACACACCUCCCUAAGCCUUACAAAGUCAUUAUUUUUAACAAGAACAAUGAGAGAGGUGUGUUCGAAUUUAUUGUGGACCAAGAAAGAAAUCCUCAACAACGCCUAUUAUACAGCGAUUUAACACAAAAUCUCAUUAGCGAUUCCAUUGUGAAAGAAGUGGACGGUGAAAAAAGACUUUCAUUCAAUCAUUUGAACUACUUUGAUAAAAUGGCUAAAUCCUUCCCGGCUCGUCGCUUGUCUAAAGAAGAGGACGUUCAUUCUUUGCAUAAUGUCAUUGACUCUAAUAACGGUACAAAAAUGAUGUCCCUCGGACCAGAAUUGUUCUCCCAUUCUAUCCAAAAAGUUGACAAUCUUAUCAAAGAAUUGGAAAGUAAGGAUGAUAAAUCUGAACCUGAACUCAAUUUCUUGAACGGCAUGAAAGAAAGUCGGAAGUAUAAUGGCACGAAUGAACCAACAUAUUUCAAGAUGCCGUUACUCAAUAUUCAAGAGCUGAGAAACAUCCAUAAUGAUUGGGGCUGGCAUUAUGAUUGGAGAUUCUUUAAUGAUAUGCUCUUCUUCCAUAAGCGAGGAUGGACAAACGAACAACGUAUUGAAAGAACAAAUAUUAUAUUGGAGCGCUUAUUACGGAACUGGGUCCGCUUCACGGAGGAAAAGGGAAUCAUUUCGUGGAUCAUGCAUGGUCCCCUUCUUUCCUGGUACUGGAAUGGUCUCAUGUUUCCCUAUGAUGUUGACAUUGAUGUCCAAAUGCCAAUUUCAGAGCUUGUGAGAUUGAGCAAAAAUUAUAACCAAACUUUGGUGGUUGAGAAUCCACAAGAAGGAUACGGAAGAUUUCUCAUUGAUAUCGGCUCCUAUAUUCAUAAUCGAGAUGUCUCAGAGACGGGCAAUCAUAUUGACGGAAGAUUUAUUGAUGUUGAUUCUGGAAUUUACAUUGAUAUCACCGGUCUCUCGAAAUCAACCGCUAAUCUUCCAUCCGAAUACAAAGACAAACAAUUAGUCGAGAAAGCUGACAACAGUGCAGAUGCAGAGGUGUACAAUGAUCGCCGGAAGCACUUUUAUACAUUGCCGCAGCUCCAACCAUUGCGUUAUUCCAUGAUGAAUGGUGAACCAGUAUUUAUUCCUAAUAAGGUUGAGGAGAGAUUACGUUUCGAGUAUGAGACGGGGUUGGACAAGUAUGAGUUUAACGGAUGGAUCUUUGUUCCGCAACUCCAACUUUGGGUUUUAAAGAGUAAUUUGAUGAAGAUUUUGACAGAUGAAGAAACACACAAAGAUGAGACAGAGGAUAUCGAAACAAUUGUGAACUCUGUUAAAAACUUGUCUUCCGAAAGAAUAAUUAAGUUGCUCCAGAGUAACGAUGACAUUCUAAAGGAGUAUUUCUUAUCAAAAGAUCUUGCUGAAUGGCACAUGAAGGAAAAGAAUGUAUUAUUCGAUAACAACGGGAAAGAUAGAAUAGAUGUCCUUGAGGACAGCGAAAGGAAACAGUAUUACGAAGAACUAGUUGGUGAAAUUUCAAUGAGAUCCCCAAUGAGAAUGUGUCUUUACGAGUAUGAAAAGUUCGAAAGAACAGCUCACUAA